UUUUGCAGUUGGGGUGCGAAAGACAAACGAUGGCCUGAACAACAGAGGAGGUGACAUGUACCUUGCAAAGGAGCUGGCCUCGGCGUCGCCCGGUGAAUCAGCUAUGAAGAGGGGAUUCUCAGGGCGCGAGCUCGGUGCGCGGAACAAGGAGGAAGCUGCACAGGCCAUGGGAGUGACGACGACUUCAGCGGGCGCACGGCCACGGACGGUGGAACUGCGCGCGGCGGCGAAGCACGGGGACGCGGCCAACGAGAUGUACGACAUGCUCAGGAGGGACUACGCGUGGAAGGCCAGACGCCGCCGGCCGAUCAACAACGGCGCCGAGCCGUUGCAGGAGAAGGGACCCUAGAUAGCUUGGCUGCACUGCAUGCUGCGCCGGCGUCUUGGGCCAGUAGUGC